CUGGCAACAAUGGCUGUCCGGAACAACGGAGCAGAACGUCACUGUUGACAACUGUGGCUUGUCAGCAAACUUCACCAGGUUUCAGAACAAUGAAUCUGUCAAAGAUGAGUUUCGAUGGGCUUUUUAGUGGUUUCGAUGGGUUGUCGUCAGUGCUAGCUAACUAAGGAGCCGGGUUAGUUAACUGGUGAAUCAACAGAUUUGACAAAACGUUUCGAAGCAUCUGUAGCAUCGCGUUAGCUAGCUAGCUAGCUGAGCUUAGCUAAAGACAUAGCAGCAGCAUGGGUGAUGGCAGUGUUACUCCCAGGCUCGGCAACAUGAAAGCGUUACUUGGAAUAGUUGCCGGAGCUGGGGCCUCCUACGGGAUAUACAAACUUAUCAGCGGGGGAAGCUUCAAGAGAAACAAGAAAAGUGCCACAAACGAAAGUCCCGGUGUCAGGAGCAGUCAGCCCAGCGAAGUUACCCUACAGCCGGGGAGCCUGCUGGCCAAAGUGUCUGGACUGGAUGUUGUCUGCCCCCGACCUGAUGUUGCAUCAGGGGACAUCACCCACCAGUCCCCUGGCAACCUGGAGCCACAGCACUUGAAAAUGCUGCUGUCAUGUCUGCAGACCAGCAAUAAUCCAUCCGACAGAUGUCGGAUCCUGCUUACAUUAGGAAAUGCUGCUGCCUUCACUGUGAAUCAGAAUCUAAUACGGAAAUUUGAAGGGAUUCAUAUCAUAGCUGGUUUCCUCUCUGAUCCUGCGGCAGAGGUCAGAGUGCAGACUCUGAAUGCUUUAAAUAAUCUGUGUAUGAACAUCCAAAACCUGGAACAAAUAAAGGUUUAUGUGCCACAAGUGCUGGAGCUGAUUGAGAUGUCGCCAGUGAAUUCUGACCUUCAGCUUGGAGCUCUAAGGCUGCUGACAAACCUUUCAGUCACAGAUAAACAUCAACACUUGCUGAAGGAAUCAAUUACACUUUUACUCUCUCUACUUGUCGUGAGCAAUGAAGCAUUACAGGUUCAGACUUUAAAAGUCCUUGUGAAUUUGUCAUCAAAUCCGGAUUUGAUAGAUGACAUUGUUCAAGCUCAGGCACCAGCUUCAGUUGUGGUGCUGUUUGACGCACGAACAACCCCUGCAGUGCUUCUGCGACUGCUGACGUUUGCAGGGAACUUAAAGGCCUGGAGGCCCUCUGCCCAGGUGGCUGAUGAACUGAGGCGAAAGCAGGAUUGCCUCUUCCGGGUCAUGUUAGAUGAGUCUUCCCAGCUCCACAGCAGACUGGUCCAGCUGCUUUCACACCCCGAUGGGGAGAUUCAGGCCCAGGUGGCUCGUAUCUUGACAUAGACGUCCCUCUCUGCACUCUUGAUCCAUGCACAGCUUUCGCUUCCACACACUUUGCCAAAGCCAUCAACCUAUCGCCCUUCCCGUUCUAUUAUAAAUCUGUUAACCUUUAUAAAAGCUGCGUAGCCUCCUGUGGAUACUCAGCUUACACUCAAAUACUCUCUAUACCUACAGUGUUCCCUAGAUCAAUAUUAUUACCACACAUAACUAAAUUAUCUAUUCCACCUCACCAGCCACUCUUCCCUGAUUUCUGGUUUCUUACACUACAAUUAAUUGAGCAAUGAGUGAGCAGGAAGCAACUAUUCAUUCAGCGUAUAAACAGGCCACCCCUCCCUGUUUUUUUUGUUUUUUGUUUUUUUUCCUGCCAGCAAGAGCUUUCUUCUCAUUGCCAGAGACUAUUUUCCUUCAAAGAUCCACAGUGCCCUUCCUUCUGAGAACUUCACCUACUUUCUCUGAAGACAUGUUCCAGGUGAAACUUUUGAACCCAAACCCACUGCCAAACAUUUUCUAGAGAAUGUGCUAGAACGACCUGUGCAGCAUGACCCAACUUACUACCCGUCUGUGGUUCAGAGAGACACUUAGCUGAAGAGGUUUCUUGCCGCAUGCCUUGGAGACACAAAUGAAUGGAUGUGCUGUAGCACCAGUCCUCGCUAAUUUAUCAACAUGUUGGAUUUAAAGAUCAUGGUCUUUGUCCAAUGAAAGCAAGAUCUUUUAUCUAUGUAUUUAAUUUGAGAAUUAGUGAAUCACGACUUCGGAAGAGCCAAAGUGAGGUUAACCUACUCACGUUGGCCUCACGUUCUGUGACAGUGUGAGUUCAGUGUAUUGGGAAGACUUUAGAGUGGAAACACUGCCUCCCCCGCUUUAAGAGUUAGCUGAGACACCUGGUGAGGAUGCAACCUGGGUAAAGGUACCUGAGAGAAAACCCCAGGGUUGAUCCAGGAUGUACAGCUUGAAAAUAAAUGGAGGAGGGGUUGACCUCUGACAAAGCAGCCUGUAACAGUGAUAUUAGCUGUGAUUGUUGUAUUUGAACAUUUUUCUGCAUAAAAUGGUUAUCGAAUUACAACAGUAAAUGUUAAAUUCAAGCCUUGUUAUGUUAUGCACUUACUGUAAUAAGACAGGCUGUAAGUGACAGAUCCACAUGUCUAGCUGGAGGACUGGAGCUGUGGACCCAUCUGCUGACUUAUUAAUAUUUACAGAGAGGAGGAUGGGUGUAGGUGCCGACCUCUAAUUUGCAUGAAAAAUGUGACGAUUAUCCUGGAAUAUGAUUUUUAAUGCAAGGAUUUUAUGGCAUGAGCCAAUCCAGGUGUAAAGAAAUGCUGCACUUUUUUAUGUUUGGACACUGACUUUAUUGAACCCAAAUCCUAAAUAUCUCUCAGGCAAUAUGGUUUACCAGAACAGAUACAGCAGGAGGCUGAUUUCCUUGUGACCUAGAUUAUCAUAUUUAUUGAAUGAAGUUUGUCAGCAUUUUGCCUAUAAAAUGACAAAUAUUGUUUGUUAUGUCUAUAUGAAUGGUUCAGUAAAUACCCUAUAUGACA